CCUCUCCCUAGCUCCCGGGGCUCCCCAGUUCUCCCCGGCCAGGCAGGCACUCGGAGCAUUCUUCGAUUCCGUGUUCUCCCCGUCCAUCCGGUCUCCUCCCGCAGCCGGGGAGCCAAUGGCCGGGCCCCGGAGCAUCCUGGAACCGCCGCUGCAGGCGCUGCUGCCACCGAUCCUGGUGCUGAUGCUGGCGCAGGCGGGCUCGGCUGCGGCGGCGGGCUCGGUGCGCCUGGCGGGCGGCCUCACGCUGGGCGGCCUGUUCCCGGUGCACGCGCGGGGUGCGGCGGGCAGGGCGUGUGGGCCGCUCAAGAAGGAGCAGGGCGUUCAUCGGCUGGAGGCCAUGCUGUACGCGCUGGACCGCAUCAACGCAGACCCGGAGCUGCUGCCAGGCGUGCGUCUGGGGGCGCGGCUGCUCGACACUUGCUCCCGGGACACGUACGCGCUGGAGCAGGCACUGAGCUUCCUGCAGGCGCUGAUCCGUGGCCGCAGCGACGGCGGGGAGGCAGCCGUGCGCUGCCCUGGCGGCGUCCCCCCGCUGCGCGCCGCGCCCCCCGAGCGCGUGGUGGCUGUUGUGGGAGCUUCGGCCAGCUCAGUCUCCAUCAUGGUCGCCAACGUGCUGCGUCUGUUUGCGAUUCCCCAGAUCAGCUAUGCCUCCACAGCCCCUGAGCUCAGCGACUCCACACGCUACGACUUCUUCUCCCGUGUGGUGCCUCCUGAUUCCUACCAGGCCCAGGCCAUGGUGGACAUCGUGCGGGCAUUGGGAUGGAACUAUGUAUCCACACUGGCCUCUGAGGGCAACUAUGGAGAGAGCGGGGUUGAGGCUUUUGUGCAGAUCUCCCGAGAGGCAGGGGGAGUCUGUAUUGCCCAGUCCAUCAAGAUUCCUAGAGAACCAAAGCCAGGAGAAUUCAACAAGGUUAUCAGACGACUCAUGGAGACUCCCAACGCUCGGGGCAUCAUCAUCUUUGCCAACGAGGACGACAUCAGGAGGGUCCUCGAGGCUGCACGCCAGGCCAACCUGACUGGCCAUUUCCUGUGGGUUGGCUCAGACAGCUGGGGAGCCAAGAUCUCACCCAUCCUGAACCUGGAGGACGUGGCAGUGGGGGCUAUCACUAUCCUGCCCAAAAGAGCUUCCAUUGAUGGAUUUGACCAGUACUUCAUGACACGCUCCCUGGAGAACAACCGCCGGAACAUCUGGUUUGCAGAGUUCUGGGAAGAGAAUUUUAACUGCAAACUGACCAGCUCAGGUACCCAGUCAGACAAAUCCACCCGCAAAUGCACAGGUGAGGAACGCAUCGGCCGGGACUCUACCUACGAACAGGAGGGGAAGGUGCAGUUUGUGAUCGACGCAGUGUACGCCAUUGCCCAUGCCCUACACAGCAUGCACCAGGCGCUCUGUCCUGGGCAUACAGGCCUGUGCCCAGCAAUGGAGCCCACCGAUGGGCGGACACUGUUGCAGUAUAUUCGGGCAGUCCGCUUCAAUGGCAGUGCAGGAACCCCAGUGAUGUUCAAUGAGAACGGAGAUGCACCCGGGAGAUAUGACAUCUUCCAGUACCAGGCGUCCAACGGCAGUGCGGGCAGUGGCGGAUACCAGAGCGUGGGCCAGUGGGCGGAGACGCUCAGGCUGGACAUGGACGCCCUGCAGUGGUCAGGAGACCCAUGGGAAGUGCCGGCAUCUCAGUGCAGCCUCCCCUGUAGGCCUGGGGAGCGGAAGAAGAUGGUGAAGGGCGUGCCCUGCUGUUGGCACUGCGAGGCCUGCGACGGGUACCAUUUCCAGGUGGAUGAGUUCACCUGCGAGGUCUGCCCAGGGGACAUGCGGCCCCUGCGCAACCACACCGGCUGCCGCCCCACACCGGUGGUGCGCCUCACCUGGGCCUCUCCCUGGGCCGCCCCGCCGCUCCUCCUGGCGGUGCUGGGCAUCACGGCCACCACCACAGUGGUGGCCACCUUCUUAAGGCACAACAACACACCCAUCGUCCGCGCCUCAGGCCGCGAGCUCAGCUACGUGCUGCUCACCGGCAUCUUCCUCAUCUAUGCCAUCACCUUCCUCAUGGUGGCCGAGCCUGGGGCGGCCGUCUGCGCUGCUCGGAGGCUCUUCCUCGGCCUGGGCACCACCCUCAGCUACUCUGCCCUGUUCACCAAGACCAACCGCAUCUACCGUAUCUUCGAACAGGGGAAGCGCUCUGUCACGCCCCCGCCCUUCAUCAGCCCCACCUCGCAGCUGGUCAUCACCUUCGGCCUCACCUCCGUGCAGGUGGUGGGAGUGAUGGCAUGGCUAGGGGCCCAGCCCCCACACAGCGUGAUCGACUAUGAGGAGCAGCGGACGGUGGACCCAGAGCAAGCCAGAGGGGUGCUCAAGUGCGACAUGUCAGAUCUAUCUCUCAUCGGCUGCCUGGGUUACAGCCUCCUACUCAUGGUCACAUGCACAGUGUAUGCCAUCAAGGCCCGUGGUGUGCCUGAGACCUUCAAUGAGGCCAAGCCCAUUGGCUUCACCAUGUACACCACCUGCAUCAUCUGGCUGGCUUUUGUGCCUAUCUUCUUUGGCACUGCGCAGUCAGCUGAAAAGAUAUACAUUCAAACCACCACACUGACUGUGUCCCUGAGCCUGAGCGCAUCGGUGUCCCUCGGCAUGCUCUAUGCACCCAAAACCUAUGUCAUCUUGUUCCACCCGGAGCAGAACGUACAGAAGCGGAAGCGGAGUCUCAAAGCAACCUCCACAGUAGCAUCCCCACCCAAGGGUGAGGACACAGAGGCCCCCAAGUAGUGAGAAGCCUUCUUUUCUUUCCCUUCCUUCCCAGUGGGAACUGUGAGGAGUCCAGGCAUGCAGUGAAUCAGAGAAGGGGUCCACGGAGGCUAUGCCCAGCAGGACCUAUCUUGAGGCUGGCCUCCAGAAAGACCUGCCCACAUUCCAAUGUUAUCCCUUUUUUUCUGUGCAUGUUGGCAUAUUUCCUCACUGCAGACUAGACUUUCUACCCAUGGUGGGAAAUAGCCAUGGCAAGGCUUCUAUUUCUAGAGAGAGACUCAACUUACACUCUCUGGUUUGAAGUUGAGAGAUCACAAUGACUUCCUGGGCUUGGCCAGUGUGAGUGAUAUUUCCACUCCUUCUUCAACCACUAGAACAUAGGGACUGGGCCCUGUGUGAGAAUGUGCAGGCCCCAGAGUGAAAUACUGGGCUGGAGUUGGGGAGGAACAGUUUCCACAAAACCAGAUCUGUGGAUCUGUACACUAGACUGAGCAACCUGGGCUUGGCACAGGCAGAUGGAGCCUUGGGUGAGAUCCCUGUGAGAGAGGAUGGGCCUGCAGAGACAGGGAGGUGAGCAGAGGUACCAGGUGCCCCCCAUGAAGUUACUUGUGUGAGGGCAUUUUCCUUGGAAUCUUGUCCCCUGCGAUCUGAGGGGUGUCACACUCAGAGUACAGUUUUUUUCCUUUCCCAUCUGUACUCCCUUAAAUGACCUCUAAUAGAUGCACUUAUGUGGUGUGAGUGGUGUGAGAAUAAACUAACAAGAAUGGCAUUUGCCCUCCUCUGAUGCCUGAGGGAUUGUUUUCAGGAGUUCCAGGGUGGGACUAGUGACAAAAAGAGUUGUGUACAUAGUGAAGAUUAAUUCCAAGUGGAUAAUGUAGAAUGAAUAUAAAAUGCUUCUUUUCCAACACUCACUGGGAAGUCCCCUUUGAAAGGCAAGCAUAGGCAUGGGGAGGAAGAUGCUUGCACUACAGAUGCAUGGGUGUUUAUUUCUCAGUAAUUUUUUCUUAGGAAAAGGGUGGUUUAAGUGAUUUAAUUUUAUUUCCUUGGGGUAGAAUUUAAAUUUAAAAUUGACUCUUUUUGUUAGUGUGAAUUCUCUAGUAUCUAAUGUCUGGAAAUGAUUUGAAGAUCAACCACACUUCAUAUGACACAGAGACUAUUUCCUAUACAUACUCUCUGGUGCAUAUAAGUUUUGACUAGGUGUUUCUGCAUUCUUUAAAUUAAUAGGGUGUCGCCUCAGAGUAACAUACAAAGCAUACAGAUUCUCCUUUCUCACACAUGUUGCAUUCCCAGGGUUUGUUUCUCUGCAUUGUUAAUUAUGAAGUUUUAUAUAUUACUGAAUGAUUUCCCAAAUUUAUUAUUUCAUAGGGCUACUUCCCUGUGUGGGUUUUCUUUUGUAUAAUGAAUUGUGUUUUCUUGCUGAAGGUUUUUCCAUAGUAGUGCUUUUAUAGUUUUUUUUUUCUCCUAUAUGACCUUGUAGAGAGUCAAUGAGUUCUGAUCUCCAAAUGAAGGUCUUCCUGCAAUGUACUAUUUUCUUGGUGUUUCUCCCAAUCUGAAUUCUCUAGUGUGCUAUAAAUCUUGAUUUCUAGUUGAAAAUUUUUCCACAUUCGUUACAUUUUUUGUAUCAGAGAAUGGUUUUCCCCAUUCUGAACUCUAUGACUCAAGAGUUCAGAUGAUUUCUUAGUAAAAGCUUUACCACAUUUGAAGGAAUUCUCCCUAUAUAAUCUAUGAUGUGAAGUAGAGUCCUGGCUUCCUGCUAAAAACUUCCACACUCCCCACAUUCAUUACUACCUGUCUCUGACAUAAAUUCCCUGAUGCACAGUGAGUUCUGUCUUCUUCUAUGCAACCUUCUCACAUUAAUCCACUGUCCAUGAUUCAACAGCAUGAGCCAUUCUGUGUGCAGUGGACAUCCUCUAUUCCUAAAGGCAUUAUCAUAUUUAGUACACUUAUGUGGUCCCUUUCUGAAUUCUCCAAUGUAUUCAAAGGUUUGACUUCUGGAAGAGGGCUUUCCCACAUUCCAUGUCUACAUAAGUUCUCUCCCUUUGAUCAUUUCUUUGAUGCUCAGUGGAAUUCACAAUUCCCUGAAGGUUUUCCCCUAUGUACAGUGUAUGGUGUCCAUCUAUCAAUUUGAACUCCUAAAUAAAGAUUUUUCAAAUUUUUAGAAUUUAUAAGUAUUCUACCUGCAUAGUUUCUUUUAUGUUGAAUAAAAGCUAAGCUAUA